UGUCAGACGGCGACAUGCCGAGGAGAGAUUCGCUCUCCAUGUUACACUCUGGUGGCGAGGCAGGCGGGCUGAGGAUACAAGGCUGUAUCCAAAGGGUGCGUCUUCGCCUGAUUGUUGGUGUUGCAAUGGUCGAAAUGGUCGCGGAGGCGAGCUAAGAUCAAGGCGAUCCGAGGGCAAGUGCAGCCGCGGCUCCCAAACUUUUGGGAGCUAUGGUGCUUGCUGCUCGACCGCACCUUCUUCAUGCUUUCACGACGAGUCUUCCGCCAGCUCACAGACAGCGUAUUGCUAGAGCCUGGCACCGUAACAGGGCCAUUGUGCCUUGCAGCUAGCUGUCGCUCCGGUCGCACGCCGAGUCAACUCAAUGCGCCACGCGCUCGCCAUGCGUCCUCGUCCUCGACCAGGUGGAAGACGCGUCAGGGCAAUGACCCCUUUGCUCGCGAAGCCCGCGUGCAGGGUCUGAAGAGUCGCGCUGCCUUCAAGUUGCUCGAGCUGAAUGAGAAGCACAAGCUGUUUCAGCCUGGACAGACUGUCGUUGAUCUUGGCUUUGCACCAGGCUCGUGGUCGCAGGUCGCUGUGAACCGCACGGCGCCUGACGGACGCGUCAUAGGCAUCGAUGUCAUCCCAGCCCAGCCUCCACGAGGCGUUUCCACGAUCCAAGGCAACUUCCUGUCUCCGGAUAUCCAAGACGACGUUCGAGCCUACGUCCGAGACCCCACUCUCGGUCGUCCGCGCAAACGGACAAUGUCAGAGGAGCCCGAUGGGCUCACUGAAGAGCAGGUGGACGAGAUGGAGCGCGGGUACAUCGACAUUGAGAGGCAGGCACACAUGGAGGGCGUCGAGACGGAGCGACUAGCAGAAGACACGGAGAGCGGCUCAGAAGCAAAGCUCUCUGUCAAAGAGCGGGAUCUUCGCAGCGGCCGAGUUGUCGAUGUGGUGCUCAGUGACAUGAUGAUGAACACCAGCGGCAACUCGUUCAGAGAUCACGCAGGGAGCAUGGACUUGUGCAUGGCUGCACUGACGUUCGCAUUCGACACGCUGAAGACUGGGGGUCAUUUUCUCUGCAAGUUUUACCAGGGCUCUGAAGACAAGGCCUUUGAGACCAAGCUGAAGCGCCUGUUUGCAAAGGUGUCGCGGGAGAAGCCCGAGUCGUCACGCGCUGCAUCCAAAGAGGCGUACUUUGUCGCGCUGCGGCGGAAAGAGGCACCGACGAGGGAGGAGGUUUUUCGGGACUGAGUGCAGUCUGUGAAUUUGCAUCUUCCCCGAGUUUCGAGGGAGCCAAUACUUCAGCACAUGAUGCCCCAAAGCACAUGAUGCCCCAAAGCACAUGAUGCCCCAAAGCACAUGGUACCCCAAUAGAAGUGACUGUCCAGCUGGACCUGAUGCCCUGAGCAACUG